AUGCCAAAGAGUCAAAGUCAUUCUUUAGAAGAUCAAACAAUAGCGCUUGUUAAAAAAUCAUUUGAAUCACCCGUUUUAAAACCUGAUUGCAUUAAUGGUUUAGAAGUUCAGGAAAUUCCUGCUAUUAUAGGAAAUAGUCAACAAUUAGGCAAAAAACGUAAAAUUACUAGAGCGUGCAUUAGAUGUAGAGAACGUCAUAUCAAAUGUCCCGGCAAUGAUCCAUGCCAAAAAUGUUUAGAAGCUAACCAUAUUUGUAAAUUUUCUGAACCAAAUAAAAAAGUUAUUGUUUCAAUCAAUUAUCUAACAAAAUUACAUGAUAAUAUUAAAACGUUAGAAGAUGAAAACUCUAGCUUAAAGUUAGAGGUAAAUAAACUGAAAAAUAAACUUAUUACCUCAAAAUCAAAAAUAUUAAAUGCCAAUAAAAAUGAUAUUACAUCAAAUUUAUCUACAGAAUUUAUUCAAUUGCCAAAAAUAUCAUUUUUUGACACUUCUACCACUACAAGAAUUCCACCUACAACUUCUAAUAAUUACGAUGACUUUCCUUCUGUUGCUAAAAAUAAUAUUAAUAAUAGCAAUAUAAUAGAAAAUUUCAAUAACAACACUUAUACUUCAUCAUCCAAUGCAUUAAAAUAUUCAAAAUCUACCACAAACGUCCUCCCCUCUUUAUCUUACUCACCCUCAGCUACUAGAUCACCUACUUGUUUAAAGUUCAAUACUUCAAGUCACUUUGAAGAUAGUCUAAUUCAGGCCAGAAAUGUUAUAGAUCCAAUUUCAUCUCUUUCAGACUCCAAAUAUUCUGAUAAAAAUAUUUCCCGAAACAAUCUUCCUCCUGGCCAUCAAGAACGAUCUUCAACAAUUACUACGCCUAAUAAUACAUUAGCAGUUCCUACAGGGGCAAGCAACUCAGCUAUUAAUAUAACCAACUAUAAUAAUUCAAAUAAGCUUCAUAUUACUAAUACGCAAGAAAGCUCAGGAAAUGAUGAACAAAUUGGUUCUAAUUUUGCUCAAAGAAGUGGACGAUUGGUUGAAUCAAGCACCGGGCAGCAUUACUUUGUUGGCUCCUCUUCAAUGACACUAUUUGGAUUAGAAAUCCAAUCUUUAGUUACAAAAUAUUUAAAGAAGAGAGAUGAUAAUGUAAAAAAUAAAAAAUUAUCAACGUCUGAUAAGCAUAAUACCAUCAGUAUAAAUACUCUAACAUCAAAUGAUGAAAAAUUAUUACCAAAUGAUACAAAAAGUAACGAUAUAAUUCAUGAUACUAUUGAAUAUCUACAAAAUAAAAACGUAAAGCAAAUAUCCAAUGUGCCGACUUUAGAUCCCGUGAAUGAGGUUUUCCAUGAAGAAGGAAAUGCUUAUAAGAUUAUAUUAAGUAGUAACGAAAAUGAUGACGAUUUAGCAAUGAAUUUUAAAUUUCCAUCUUAUUCAUAUGCAAUUAAUUUAGUAGACGCAUUUUUGGCAUUCAAUGGCGGAUGCUUUUAUUUCUUUAAUGAAGGCCUUGUUAGGUAUGGAUUAAAAAAAAUUUACAAUAAUGAAAAUUUUUAUGAAGAUCAUACACUUCAAACAAUAUGGCUCUGUAAGCUAUUGCUAAUAUUUGCCAUAGGAGAGAUGUACCUGGGUCCUGCUAAAAAUAUACCAACUAAAAAAGCACAAUCUCCUGAUAUUGCAAAACUUCCUGGCUCAGGUUUUUUUGAGGAAGGCUCACGUCUUUUUGGUGUUCUUUUCUCAAAUGGUAGGGUUGAAAAUGUUACACUAGAUGGCGGAAUAGAGGUUACUUUACUAUAUGCAUUUUACUUACAAGUUGCAGACUGCACUGCCACAUCUUAUUUCUUUUUAGGAGAAGCGUUGAGAGCUUGCUUAUUAUUAGGAAUGCAUGUAGAUGCUCAGUCCGAUACUUUAUCCCGAUGCGAAGUUGAACAUAGGAGAAGAUUAUGGUGGACUGUUUAUAUGUUUGAAAGAAUGUUGAGUAGUAAAGCAGGGCUUCCAUUAAGUUUUACUGAUAAUACAAUUUCUACAGAAUUACCUUCCAAUAUAAAUUGUGCUCAGGACAAUGACAUUCUUGCAAAAUAUUAUUAUUAUGUAGAAGCUGCAUAUAUUGGAGAAUCUGUGAAAAUUGUUCAGAUUAAUGGACAAAUUUUAUCAAAACUUUAUCAACGACAACCUAGUUCAAAUAUUUUACCAAUAUUGAAAGAUAUUUUGAAACAGUUGCUAAAUUGGAAAUCCAAUGUCCCAGAGAGUUUACAAGUAGAUUUCAACGAUCCAUGCUUCAAAAUUUCUCGUACAUGUACAAAUCUUUAUACUGAAUAUUUCCAAGGUAUUAAUUUAAGUGUGAGGCCAUUACUAUUUCAUUUUGUAACGCUUCAAUUAAGAGAGUACGACCAAUCAAAAAGGUUUUUAAAUCUUCAUGGCUAUUCUUCAACCAUCAUAUCGUUACUAAACAGUUCGCUACAUGCAUCAAUUAACAGUAUCAAAACUUUAUGGAGUCUCGCUGAACAGCAGAUGCUAGCUUUAUUUGGGUAUAUGGACAGAGAAUAUUUAUUUACUGCUUCUUCUACUUUGGUAUUGUUUAACACAGCUUUUGGUGUACAUGAGCAAACUUCGGAAUAUUUGGAUCAAGCUCUUACAAUGUUUUCUAGAAUGUCUAACUUAGGAAAUCACCCAGCUGGUCUAAGAAUGGCGCAGCUAAUAACAUUAAUGGUAAAUUUAGAUUUCUAUGGAGUAAUGAAGGCCUUGAUCCUUAAACAUAACCCUGCAAAUAUUGAUACACACUCGGAUAAGUACAGUACUUCAGAUAAUAUAGAUACAAAACUGAAUACGGACUCAGUUUCUCAACAAAAGGGAAAUUCAUCGAGUGCAGAUAUAAAUUAUGAGCAUACUAAUGACACAUUACAGCCUAUGAAUUUCAAGGUUGAUGAACAAUCAACUUUGUUCGACCCUUUCAACGAUAUUGAUGAUAAUGAUAUCCAACAAUUAUUAGAAACUUUAGAUAAGGCAGACUACAGUGAUACCAUUUGGAAAGAGAUUUCAGAUCAAGCAAUGUGGCUGGGUAAUACAAUGGACCCUACUGGUGCAGCUGGUACUGAACUUGACUUUGGCGACAUACAUCCUUACAGGUUAUAA